AUGAGACCAGCAGACAGCACCAUCGACAAAUGCAACUGCACUAUUAGCAAAGAUCAAGUGUUGGAACCCCCCGAGACUCCGGCCCCAGUGUUCGCCCUACGCGCCUUCAAGUCCGUCUUAUUCGGAACGCCUGCCGAUGAGGAGAGUGGAAAAAGCGCGUCUCAGUCAAAUAAAGCAUCCCAACCAUCCGGCAAAAUCAAUACAUUUCCCAUUCCAAUCAAGAAACAGGAGCCUGUGAAAACAGAGCCGGAUCAGAUGAAUCUCUCCGGUUCGCCAUCGAAGAGCAUUCUUGUAACCCCCGGUACAACCUCCCACCGACGCAAGACUGUUUCUUUUGGCGAAAGUGUUGUGGAUAACGAGGGGAAGCGUGAAGACUUCUCGAGCAACCUGGUGAAGACGCCCCCAAAUGCAUCGGGCAAUAUUACCGCCCAAUGGACUUCCUUGUCAUCGGAUGGCAAGCCACAGAGCAAACUCACGCAAACACUCAUGGCUGCUCGUGAUAACGCGUUGAAGAACUCCGAAUCAGACGCAAACCCCGUCGCAUCGGCUCAGUUGGAAGCAAACAUCGAGGACGACACCUUGAAUCUGAGUAAUCCGCGGUCAGAGUCCGGACAGUAUUGGAAGACCGAAUACGAGAAUUAUCGGCUACGGACCAACCAGGAGAUCAAGAAACUGAUUCAGUAUCGAUCAGUAGCUAAGAACUUUGCACGCAAAAAGGAUUCUGAAGCCUCGCGGUUGGCAGGAAAGCUUAAGGAAGAGGAGAAAAAAGUGGCAGAUUUGGAGCGACAAGUGGCAGAUUUGAAACGACAAGCGAUACGUCCGGCAUCUACCAAUUCUGGGGAUCUUGAAAAGGAUAACGAGACCCUCAAGCAGGAGAACGACGCACUGCGGCAGGAGAAAGACACAAUUAAGCAAGAAAAUCACACGCUCAAGCAGACCAUGGCACGAGUUAAGCAAGAAAUGUCUCGAUACGAUGGCCGGCGCAAGGAAAAAGAGAACAAGUUGAAACAAAGGGAAGUAAAACUAGAGGAAAGGAUCCAAGAUUACCGAGAGCGCUUGAAGAUCUCCACCCAAGAACAUCGACAGUCAGAGGAAGCUCUACGGAAGAACUUUGAUGACGAACGCCACCGCAUGCAAAAUCGACUCGAUCUACUGAAGGACAUGCUGAAGGAGAAUGCUCCUGUAACGGAUCGAGUGCCUAUACUACGACCUCAACAACGACAUUCCUUCAGCCCCCGCAAGGAGUACAAAGAGUACUCUGAUAAAGAGUACAAAGACUACAAGGGCUCACGAUUGUUUGGCCUUGUUGAAUAG